CUGUUUUAUCACUUUCAAAACAACACUUAUGUAUUCCAGAACGGUACUGUAUGGGUCAAUUAUCGGAUGUCCGUCAAAGCGCCUUGCGACCUCGAUUUGAGGACAUUUCCUUUUGAUAGUCAGUCCUGCAUGCUAAUAUUUGAAUCCUACUCACAUAAUAGUGACGAGGUAACGCUGAAGUGGAUGGAUGAAGCAGUGACGUUGAUGAAACCAAUACAGCUGCCGGAUUUCGAUUUAGUUUAUUAUACGACAAAAAAUGAAACGAUGCUCUAUCCAAAUGGUUACUGGGACCAGCUCCAGGUUAUUAUUUUUGUUUUCAAGCGACGUUAUGGGUUUUACAUUUUGCAAGCGUAUGUGCCGACGUAUUUGACCAUAAUUGUUAGUUGGGUUGGAUUUUGCAUGGAACCCAAGGCGCUACCGGCUAGGACGACGGUCGGUGUAUCCUCAUUGCUCGCCCUUACCUUCCAGUUUGGCAAUAUCUUGAAAAAUUUGCCACCAGUGUCCUAUAUCAAAGCAAUGGAUGUUUGGAUGCUUGGCUGUAUAACGUUUGUUUUUGGUACCAUGGUUGAAUUAGCGUUUGUUUGCUAUACGACACGCUGUUUUGACGGAAACUUAACGAAAAGUAUUACGCCGAGGAAAAAAAUUAGUCGAAGUCGUCGAUUAUUUUCGGAACCUGCGUUUCUGAAUCCGAACGGCGUAUGCCGCAAGAAUUCCUUAUCGCCCAGGGGUAAUUUGUCGUUGUUUCUAUAA